AUGGUUCCCAAGAAACAAAUGAAGCCGCCGAAAGCGUUGAAGCCAUUAGAGAAACCGUUGGAGAAAUCGAUAUCAAAAAACAAGAAGAGUAAAAAGAAGAAUUACGAAGGCUUCUCCGUGUAUAUAUACAAAGUUAUGCGAAGCAUGAGCCAGGAUAAUCUGAGGAUAUCAAGAAAGUCUAUGUUGAUAAUGAAUAAUUUCGUCAACGACAUGCUGGAGAAGAUAGCUGUGGAAGCCAGCAGAUUGGUGGCACACGGGAAGAAGACAACAUUGGGAAGUCGCGAAAUACAAUCGGCUGUUCGUUUGCUUUUACCUGGAGAAUUAGCGAAACACGCUAACAUUGAAGGCAUGAAAGCAGUGAGAUUGUAUCACGAAAAUCAAAAUAAAGAAUGA